AUGGUGCUCCCUCUGUCCCAGCUCUCUCGAUGCUAUUGCCGAGGCCUCCUACUCUCUUGGUCUCUGGCCCCCCAGGCUUCCCGGGGGUGCUGCUCCCAGACUCCCAGAACAAGCACUGAAGAGCAGACCAGCUCCUCAGACAGUGGAAAGAUGAGCUCACCUGCCAGGGGUGCUGGGCCCCAACGCACAGCUGAACUGGCCCAAGCUGAGGAGUUGCUGGAGCAGCAGCUGGAGCUGUACCAGGCACUGCUGGAAGGGCAAGAGGGGGCCUGGGAGGCCCAGGCCCUGGUGCUCAAGAUCCAGAAGUUGAAGGAACAGAUGAGACACCGAGAAAGCCAAGGGGGAGAUGGAUGCCUAAGUUUCCCAGCAGUUCCCAAUUCACCCACCAACGCUGGGAAUAAGGCACACCACAGUGCUCAAGUCCUUCAAUCAGGAACAUCACAGCCUCUCCCAGAACACUGA